GGAUAUAAUUUUCUUGUGGGAAAAUUCAAGGCCAAAUCGCAGCCAUGGAAGACGACACCAUCCGCAUUACGCAUUUCAUCAAUCCGCACAUGUUCUGGUACAAACCGGUUUCAGCCUAUGUCCACAACCUGGAAGAAAAGCGAUUCCAGCUUGCAAUCGACGAAUAUUGCGAGGAAAACUUCCGGCAGGUGGACGAGGACCGGGUCUGUGAAUCCUUCCCGGGAGAGACCGUUGCCGUGCUAGAUUUUGACCGGAAUAAGUGGUGCCGGUGCGUGGUGGACCGAGUUAUUGAAGACAGUAAUGGCGAAAAGCGGUACAACUUGUGGGCCAUCGAUGAUGGUGUACCGCUUCAAUCGUCUUCCCGGUAUGUGAAUCCUUUGCCGGAUAAGUUUGCCCGAACUUCUAUCAGCAAAGUUCGCCGGGGCGCCAUAAAAAAUAUUCUUCCUUCGGAACAGGUCUACGACUUUCAAGCGGACCAACUCGUACCGAAGAUAAGUUCCCGGUGGGACCCGAGUGCAGCGGAAGUGUUGCAAUCCAUUAUUCGUAAUUCUGUGCAGAUUCAUUUCCGGAACGUGACCAAGCAUACGGUGCACAAUAUGCUGAUCAAUUUUGGCGAAUUGAAACUGGAAACCAACAAGAACAAUGUUUACAAUGCCGCCAAAGUGCUGAAAGAGCUCCGCAAGGCAUUCGAGGUGGAACCGAGUGAUUUCAUUGCCAGACUGGCCGAGAUCCAAACUAUGAACGUUAGUCGGUGCCCUACCAGUAACGCAAACGGGAAUACCGUUAAAGACAAUCAGAACAAACCGAUUGGCAUCAGUCCAAUGAAACCGAUAAACCGACCAGACCAUUCAGACCGAAAUGGUUAUGUGAAGGUUUCGAAUGGAAAACCCGACAAUACUCGCGAGCUUGAUUUCGACGGUGGUGAAGACGAUUACGAUUUCAACGAAAGCGCCAGUAUGAUAAAACCAAACAACAUGCAAAUGAUGCCACGUAAACCAGUAGUUCCGGAUCCUAUCUCGGAGGGGUCCCAUUCUGGCGAAGAGCAGUACCCAUUGACAUCCCAUUUGAAUCAGUCGGGAAUGAGAAUUGACUACGAAAAAGAACUUUGGAAGCAAAAAGUUCGUCCGGUUAGUCAACAAUCCAUUGCUUCGAUUGAAAAUCGUGACUUCAGCAGUAGAAGUAAAACUACCGCAAAUUCCAACGGUAGUUGCUCGGGCGGAAAUUCGAAUAGCCGUAUGAGUACCAAUGCUAAACAGGAAGAUCCACUAGAAAAGCCGAAAUCGACGGUCUCGUUCUUGCACAAGCUAGAAAUGCGCAAAAAGCAACGAGCAGCAGCCGCGGCAGCAGCAGCAGCAGCAGCAGAGAAGCAGCCAAUUUCCGAAGAAGAUGAAGACCGAUCGCGCUAUGCAGCAAUCAACAUCAUCCCUGCCGGAUAUCAAAUGGGUGCAGUGAAGUUCGAAAAUGGAAAAGUCAUCGCCGGCAACAAAGAGGAAAGUUCGGAAAGCAAACCGAACUCGUGGGGAUACAGCAAGCCGCGAAACUUUGGCCAACAGGACCGUGGCACUGUUCAGCAACAACGACAGCAGAACAGUGACGAAUAUGAUACCGACAGCGGAAAAGUCUACGUCACUAAGCACGGGAGUCGAUUUGAUCGAGUUAUUGAAGACGAAGCAUGCAUUCGGUCAAAGCUAAGCCACCAGCGGUUACUGGUGCACGGCAAGCGCGUUCCAAAACCGGUGGAAAAUCUGGAAAGUGCCAACUUCUGCCCAGAGGUGCACCGGGAGCUGAGUAUGCUAAAUUUCCGAUCGAUCCAUCGCAUCCAGACGUACUCUUGGCCACACAUACUCCGUGGCAAUUCCUUCUUCUGCGUCAAUGCAGCGACAACGGGCAAAACUUUUGCCUAUCUACCGGCAAUAUGCUCGUCGGUUAUGAAAAUGUAUGACGAAGAGCUUGCAACCAAAGGUGCUGGACCGUUGGCGAUCAUCGUAUGUAAAUCAUCGCGGGAAGUGCAACGGGUGGCCAAACACUGCCGGAAAAUGUUGAAUUGCACCGUUAAUCCUUCCAUUACCGUGGUAGAAGCUUUCGGAGCAAGAGAUAUUCCAAAGGCUUGUAACCUUCUACUGAACGGGUGUGCCAUACUUGUGACCACUGCUCCAAGCUUCCGACGGGUCUACGAAAACAUGCCCAAUGCAUUGGUGAAAGAUCGCGUCCAGUCGGUCGUAAUCGACAACAUUGACAACAUAAUUGAGCGAUUUGCCAACGAAUUGCAAUUGCUUUGCAAAAUUUGCGACAAGCCGGAACUGCAGAUGGUAAUCACCACGACGUACUGGAGCCCAUUGUUUUUCGGGUUUUUGAAAAGGUACAAAAACAUGAUAAUGUGCAUUGGAGCAUAUCUGGAGGCAGCCAUCUACGGCAAAUCUAAUUUGUUGCUGCAGCUGAAUUCCAAACUCACGAAGAUCGACGAGGUGUUGCAUUUCGUGCAGCAGACAAACUAUAAGAACGAACGAACCAUGAUUGUAUGCAGUGCGGCUGAGGAAGUCUACGAGCUGGUGGAAAUGUUGAAAUCACAGUCAAUCUCGCACAUGUUCUGCAAUGACGCAACCACGUUAGCACAAAUGGAUGGCUUCAAAGAAUGGGACAACCAGCUCCCCGGUGAGAUGCACGUGCUGGUAUGCUACGAUGGAGUGAUCCCCGAUUUGGAAAUUUGCAAAGCCCAGAACAUAAUCCAUUUCUCGCUGCCCAACUCAUGGACGAUGUUUACCAGACGGUUUGCUUGCUCGUUUGGUUAUUACCGAGAUCCCUUCCGCGACGAUGACAACAAAUCACAUAAACCGGCAUCGUCGGUGAUACUGUUGGACGAGAAUAACAACGAGCAGCUGCCCAAGUUGAUAGAGUUUUUGAAAAUUCACAACCAUGACGUGGCAGAGCCGAUUGUCAAAUUGGCUAAUAACAUUCGAAUCCAGCAAGAGGAGCAGAAGCUCGCGGAAGGCAACUAUGUAGACUUUUGCCCUGAAGUGCUCGAGUUCGGCAAAUGUAGAACUGCCGGCUGUAUGAAGCGGCAUCUAUUCACGAUCAGAGAUCUUCCGGCGAGUGAAGUGCCCUCCAGUGGCAUUAUCAAACUGAAGAUCUUCAACAUGUUUUCACCGACACACUAUACGGGUCGGGUGUUGGAGCAUCGUGACUACGGGGCCAAAGGCUGGACUCCGGUGAAUAACUCCCAGGAUUAUUUCGCUCUGGACUUGGCAAUACAGCAACAUUAUUCCAAUGAGGACCGUCACCGGGAUCACGGUCCGGUGCACUUCAAUGAUUGGUGUACCAUUUUCGAUGAGUUCCGCUACUGGCGUUGUCGAAUUGUGAGCAUCGAACAGAAAAAAGAAAUUUCGGUAACCCGAAAGGUCAAGGUGAAGUUGCUGGACGUUGGCCGAACUAUCGAUUGCGUGUCAUCGGAAUUGCUACACUUGCCGGAAGAGUUCCGACGUUUGCCUCCGCAAGCCAUCGACAUUCGCAUCGUUGGGGUAGUCCCACAUGAUUUCGAACUUGAAUGGGACAAACUGGCUACCCUGAACAUUCGCGAAUGGAUCCAUCGGUAUACCAACAACGACAAGUUCCACGUGGAAGGGAAAGUUAUGCUGACGAUAAAGGAUACCAUUUGGGUGGACACGAUUCGGUUGGUGCAGCAUUUAGAAGGAAUCAACACUGAAAUCAUGGAAAUUCACGUAAAAUCGGAGAUUGUUGGAAAAAAUUUCGGAGUGGUAGACAAGGAGCCGCUUGAGUUGCUUUCCCAGAUGGUGGAAAAUUGCCAGGCCUUCCGAGAAAGGGCGAUCAAUAUGGACGAAGUUGACGAAGACACGGAAAAUAGUGGACGGCAAAUAGUUAAUGAAUGCCACGAAAGUCCAGUUGCCAAAUCAGACGAGAGUUAUCAGAAGAAGCCGGUACAACCCAAAAUACUAAAACCCAUGGAGUUGAGUGAAACAGACUCGGAUGAUUGUAUCUCAGAACAAAAUGUACCUGACUAUCACGAAGGUGAUGUAGAUAAGGAAUCGAAAAGGAAGGAGGAACUGCAGGUGGCAAAACCAACAAUACGUAACUUCAAUGAAGUAUACGACGAAAUCGAAGAAGACGCUACCUACGAAGUAUACAUUUCCCAGUAUUAUGCCCCAGAUGAUUUUUACGUAUGCAAAGUUGACAAGUUUUCUUUUAUUUCGUCUAUGAUCCACAAUUUCGCUGAAGACGAAACAAAUCUCGUUCCCCUCGAAACGGUCGUGGUAGGAGACUACUGUUUGGCACUGUACGACAGUAACUACCAGCGCGCCAAAGUAACACACAUUCAAGGACGAGACAUCCGGCUAUUCUUCCUGGAUCUUGGCGGCUACGAAACCUACGGACAAGUGGAUUUGUUCAAACUUCCCGAUGAUCUGCUGAAAGCGUCACCUUUUUGCGCUAUCAAAGGAGAGGUGGCAUGUUUGAAACCACGCGAGAAUGAGGAUCAGGGUUGGAACGCGGAAGUUGGCGACCGAAUCUACGACGAAGUGCUGUGUCAAUAUCGGAGUUUUAACGCCAAAGUCAUCGAACGAAUCUCUAGUGCCCAUGUUGAAUCAAUCAUCAAGUGUAAAUGUUAUCGGUUGCUACUGUUCAGCCCGGAGCAUGAGCUCGAGUCGUGGAUCUAUGACGACAUUGUGGAGCUACAGCUUGCCCGAUACAUAGAAGAAGAAAGACCAUUUUCGAUCGACAUCAACUUUGAUGAUGAUGUCGUUCGAACCUUAUUGGAUCCAAGCUAUAAGCAAAAAGCUUCAUCAACCGAUGACGAUGAGAGUGAACCUCGCAUAGUUGAAAUCCUGGAACACAAAGAACUCGAUUCCGAGAAAACCAAAGCAGCUACUACGCAACCGAACAAGCUGGCCUUACUCAAAAAGCGAUUGCGAAGGAAGAAGUCUAUUACAAGCAUUGCGUAUCCGCGUCUGAAAUGUGAUUUUAGAAGUCCCAAAACUAUCUGGCGUCAGGACGAGCAGCUCAUAGUGAUACGUGCAGUGGCGCCGGAAAAUGUUCGGUAUGAUUUGACGAUUGAUUCCGAUUCGUUGAAACUGUGCUACCUUGACGACGACGAAAAGUAUCUCCUGUCGAUUGUGUUCUUUGCUCAUAUUGUGCCUGAGUUGACGAUUCACGAGGUCCGUGGCCUGUCGAUUGUGAUACGUUUGGUGAAGUUGGUACCGUUGAUGCAAUGGCCGUCGCUUAUGAGAAAUGGAGACAAGGUGCCCUGGUUGCAGCAGUGCAUUGAGGUGUCCAACUCGGACGAAACCGACGGAACGGAUGGAAUGCGUAAUACUUCACCGACCGUGCCCAACCUGGAAUCCACGGAAAGUUCAAGCGAAGAGACCGACUAUGAAAAUGACUUCGAUCGAUUUGAUCCACUUGCCGAUGAUUAUUUUAUGAGGGAUGGUUAGAGAUGGGCGACUAAUUUGUUUUUAAUGUUUUAAAAUAUUGUUUUAUUACAAAUAAACGUGAUACGUUAAAGAGA